AUGGCCACUCAGACGGUUGUCGAACCGACCAAGUCCAUCGGACAGGUUGAAAAAGUGCACAUCAGCGAUCUGCCCAUAACCCGCCAGAACUGGCAUCGGCAUCUGCACUGGCUCAACAUAACCGUUCUGGUCUUCAUUCCUCUGUAUGGCUUCUUUGAAGCCACAAGAACUCCGUUGUAUCUCCCGACUGCCCUCUGGGCGGUGCUGUACUAUGCCUUUACCGGUUUGGGCAUCACCGCGGGAUACCACCGUCUCUGGGCGCACAAUUCGUAUACAGCCACCACCCCAUUGCGCCUCUUUCUCGCUCUGAUGGGUGGCGGUGCUGGCGAAGGCUCCAUCCGCUGGUGGGCUCGAGACCACCGGGCUCAUCACCGGUAUACCGACACCGAUCAAGACCCGUACUCGGUCAAGAAGGGACUGGCGUAUUCGCACAUGGGCUGGCUGGUCCUGAAGCAGAAUCCCAAGCGCAUUGGGCGUGCGGACAUCGCAGACCUCAACCAGGACGCGCUCGUCAUGUGGCAGCACCGCAACUACCCGCUGCUGAUAGUGGUGAUGACGCUGCUGUUUCCCACCGCCGUCAGUGGGCUGGGAUGGGGCGAUUGGAAGGGCGGCUUCAUCUACGCGGGCAUCAUCCGCACGUUCUUCGUCAACCAGGCGACGUUUUGCGUCAACUCACUCGCGCACUGGCUGGGCGAUCAGCCGUUUGAUGACCGCAACUCGCCGCGAGACCAUAUGAUCACGGCCCUUCUGGCGUGUGGCGAAGGAUAUCACAACUUCCACCAUGGCUUUCCGUCCGACUACCGCAACGCCAUCAAGUGGUGGCAGUACGACCCGACCAAAUGGUUCAUCUGGACCUGCUGCCAGCUGGGCCUGGCGUACGACCGCAAGACCUUUUCCGACAAGGACAUUGAAAAGUGUCGCCUGCAGCAGCGGCAGAAGAUGCUGGAUGGGGAGAAGGAAGGGCUGGACUGGGGCGUGCCGAUUGAGCAGCUGCCCGUCGUCCGGUGGACGGAGUUUGUCCAGCAGAGCCGAGAAGGGAAGCGGGCGUUGAUCGUGAUAGCUGGCGUGGUGCACGAUGUGACGGACUUUGUGGCUCAGCAUCCCGGAGGCGAGGCGAUGAUCAAGAGUGCGAUUGGCAAGGAUGCAACGGGCAUGUUCAAGGGAGGCGUGUAUAACCACACGCGCCAGGCACAGAACCUGCUGGCGACGAUGAGAGUGGGCGUCAUCUACGGGGGCUGCGAGGUGGAGAUCUGGAAGCAGUAG